GUUUGUGUUUGUGUUUGUGUUUGUGUCUCAGCCUCUUGAAAUAUGCCAUGUGAUCUUGCUUUUGCUUCACACCCAUCUCUUUGAUUGACUUCCGACGAAAGCCACCGGGCCCCCGCACCAACGCGCUUUCCAAUCGCCGGUAUCUGACGUCUAACCGUGGCCACGGCUGAGAAUUACCAUGAGCAACGUGCACAACAGCGUGGAUACCGUAAAUGCUGCUGCCACCGCAAUUGUUACCGCUGAAAGCAGAGUUCAGCCAUCCACUGUUCAGGUUCAUAUCAUGGAGAAUGUCCCUUGGGGAGGUCAAAAACAUGGCAUUGAAGUGUGAAUAUGGAGAAUUCAGAAAUGUAUAGCAAACCACAAGCUACUGAAUACGUGAAGUCGCGUACAGGCACUCUACAAUAAAAUGAAAAUUGCGAGUGGGGAGAUGGACAUAGCAGAAAAGAAGAUGGGGUAGCUGUUGGAGCAUCUACUGGUGUUUUGGUCCUUACAAACAUAGCAAACGAAUUGGUCAUGCUGUUAUUGUUUCUGAACCAGCUGCACCUGGGGCCGGGGUCGCGGCCCCUGUUUCUGAAAGUUGGAGCCGCCCUUCCACCCUUGUAAUGCCAUUCAUAGCCCCUCCAUCUUCUCCUGCUUCCUUUCUGCAAUCGGACCCUUCCUCUGCCACUCAAUCACCAGCUGGUGUACUGUCCCUUGCGUCCCUUUCAGUUCAUGCUCAGUCUACUGGUGGAACUGCACCGAUGUUUUCAAUUGGCCCCUAUGCUCAUGAGACUCAGUUAGUAUCACCACCUGUCUUUUCUACCUUCACCACUGAACCAUCAACUGCUUGUUUCACGCCACCUCCUGAAUCGGUACAAAUGACAACACCUUCUUCACCAGAAGUUCCCUUUGCCCAGCUUUUAUCAUCAUCACUUGCACGGAAUCGGAGAAACAGUGGCACCAACCUGAAAUACAACUUAUCCCAGUAUGAAUUCCAACCUUAUCAGUAUCCAGGAAGCCCUGGUGGUCAUCUUAAGUCACCUGGCUCAGCAAUGUCCACUUCUGGAACCUCAUCGCCCUUCCCUGAUAAACGGUCUAUUGUGGAAUUUAGGGUGGGAGAAGCACCCACAUUUCUGGGGUAUGAACACUUUCCAAAUUAUAAGUGGGAUUCAAGAGUUGGUUCUGGAUCAUUAACUCCAAAUGGUUGGGGCUCAAGGCUAGGCUCUGGAGCUUUGACACCUAAUGGUGGGGAACCUUCAUCCCGAGAUGGCCACCUUCUGGAGAACCAAAUCUAUGAAGUGGCAUCACUUGCCAACUCAGACCAUAAAUCUCAAAAUGAUAAUCUUGUAGUUGAUCAUAGAGUCUCUUUUGAACUAUUCGGUGAAGACAUUCCUACUUGUAUCAUGAGGGAGCCAGCCCCGUCUCAUAGAAACGCAUCAGCAGAUCUACAGGAGGCAACAGCAGAUGAAACAGAUAAGAAGGUUUCAGCAACCAAGAAUGCAGAUAGCUUCAGAGAGCAAUUGAAUACGGAUACUGCAAAUGAAGUUCCAGGGGUGCCUUCAGAAGGGGAGGGAGAGGAGUUGCAUCAGAAACAUCGUACAAUCUCACUAGGUUCGAGCAAAGAGUUCGACUUCAACAAUCCAAAAGGGGAAGUCUCGGAGAAAUCCACUGUAGAUUGUGAGUGGUGGAUCAGUGAGGAAGUUGCAAGGGAGGAAACAGGCCCUCGGAAUAGCUGGAGUUUCUUCCCGAUGCUACAAUCAGGGGCCAGCUGACACCAAGCAUUGUAAAUCUCUGAAUGAAGGUGAGAAACUCGAAAACUUAAUGGUUAUACAAGCAGAAAACAUCGAUUUAGUUUCGUGUGUAGAUUGUGCAAGCUUGUUGGGUUAGCGUUGUAAAUGGAUUCCAGUACCUUGCAUCGAGAAGAAGGUAUCUAUAGAGACCUAAUUAUGCCUGGUAGAGUAAGAAUGAUAUCAAGUUUUUUCCUUGUAUUUCCAGAAUUUUAGGUGCAUACUAUGAAAAAUAUUUUCAUGUAUAGGUGUCAUGAUUAUUGACUUGUAUUAUGGAAACAAGCUCUCUGUGCUUGUUUCUCUUGACUUUGGACAGAACGGUCCUGCUUCAACAACCUAUCCCUUUAAUUAUUCAA